GUCUCAAGUGGCGGAAUCUCAGUCGCAACGCAACAAUGGUCGCGCUUAGAACACUGCUAACGCUAACGCUCCUGCUCGCAGCAGGUUCCGCGAACGCCGCCGCCGAGUGCCAGCUAUCGGAAGAACUCCUGGCCGAAAUUCGCGCCUACCAACCCGUGGUCACCCGGAUCCUGCACGAGAUCGUGGACGGGCGGUUCGCGGGCGAAACCUGGAAGGCGCUGGCGGAGUUGACCGAUGAGUUUGGACCGCGCAUGACCGGAUCGCAGCAGCUGGAGGAUGCGAUCGAUUACGCGGUGCGCGGAAUGAAGCAGGACGGGUUGGAGAACGUCCACACGGAGGAAGCUUCUGUGCCGCACUGGGUGCGAGGUUACGAGCGAGCGCAGCUCGUUGAGCCGAUGAGGAAGGAGAUCGCGGUUAUCGGGCUGGGGAGUUCGGUUGGGACGAGGAAGGGAGGAAUAGUGGCGGAAGUUGUAGUGGUCGAGUCGUUUGAAGAGUUGGAAUCGCUUCCGGAAGAGGUAGUGGCGGGGAAGAUCGUAGUGUACGCUCAACCGUGGCAGAACUACGGCGUUACGGGACAGUAUCGCUCGCAGGGGGCUAGUGCCGCUGCGAAGAAAGGAGCGGUGGCGAGUUUGAUCCGGUCGGUGACGCAGUUUUCGAUCGGGUCGGCCCACACGGGCUUUCAGGAGUACCAGGACGGCGUCCGUAAAAUUCCAACAGCGUGCAUCACGGUUGAAGAUUCGGAACUGCUGCUGCGCAAGUAUCGCCGCGGGGAGACGCUGAAGAUUCACUUGGAGAUGAACGAUCGCAACUUUAAGCCGUUCGUUUCGCGGAAUACGAUCGGGGAGUUGGUUGGGAGUGAGGAGAAGAACACGUCCGUGGUGGUGGUUUCCGGACAUUUGGACAGCUGGGAUGUUGGGGUGGGAGCGAUGGACGACGGUGGAGGUGUGAUGAUCUCGUGGAAGGCUUUGACGUUCUUGAAGGAGAUGGGACUGCGGCCAAGACGUACGAUUCGGGCUAUUCUGUUUACCGGAGAAGAGCAGGGACUGUGGGGUGGACAGCGGUACUACGACGAUCACAAGGAAGGUGGCGAGGAAGAGUUUAGCUUCUUCUUUGAAGCGGAUAUCGGAACGUUCAAUCCAAGGGGAUUCGACUUUGCCGGGAACGAGGAAGCGUCCUGUAUAUUUCAGGAGGUCGUGAAGUUGAUGGCUCCGCUGAACACGACAGAGUUCCGGCAGACCAGCAACGCCGGACCGGACGUUUCGUUCUGGAACUUUGCCGGUUAUCCGGGAGCGGCACUGAUCAACGAUAACGACAAAUACUUUUGGUAUCACCACUCGGCCGGUGACAGCAUGCUGGUUGAAGAUCCCGUCAGUCUGGACAAGUGCGCCGCCAUCUGGGCAGCGGCCGCAUACGUCGUCGCCGAUUUGAGCGUUCCCAUCCCGAAGGUUAUCGUUUCCAACUAAACUGGCAAGGCUUCUUCAACUUUCCCAAAAUUACAAAAACCCGCAUUUUUUCUUGUAGAAUAUAAACAAAUAAACAAUUUA